AUGUGGAAUCAAAAGCCUAGGUUUAGGUUUGAGAUAAAUACCUUCUCGAAGAAGGAAGCUGGCAUAGUGUCUCCCAUAUUCGAGUAUGGCGGAUGCGAAUGGUGUCUCAACGUUUGGCCCAAGGGAGAUCGUUGUGAUGAUCACUUGUCUUUGUUCCUGCGCGUUGCAAAUCCUGAGUCACUGCGAACUGGUUGGAAAAGGAAUGUUAAACUUUACUUUGUUGUGUUAAAUCAAUCCGAGAAUGAGCUCUACAGGUCAUCAAUUGGACAAACAAACACCUUGUUUUGUGCUGAGAGUCAAGCAUGGGGGGUCCGAAAGGUCUUGCCUCUAAGCAAGUUUCCGGAGAACGGCAGCCUUAUCAUUGAAGUAUACAUUGAUGUUGUUGAAGCUAUUGAUGGAGAAGGCACGGAUGUAUCACAGAAGAAGGAGGCUGUGGAUAUCAACGGUUUUCAAGCUUUUGCUUCUCACGUUACUUCAGUGAAAAAGGUAUUCACGGAACACGUGGUUAAGACAGAAUACAAGAAUGUGCUAAUCAACGCUUGCAGCAAGUUAAGUGAGCUAGCGGAAUUAGGAUCCAAGAUGGACUGGUUGAAGUCAAAGCUUGAUGAAGUUUCCUUGAAGAGGAAGAAAGAAGAUGAUGAGGAUGGGUCUCGGUUCCAACAGCUCGAGGAACGUAUCAAGAAUCUUGAACUGAUGGAGUCUGGAUCCAAGAUUGACUCUCUGAAGUCAGAACUUGGUGAGAUCUCUUUGGAGAGGAAGAAAUCAUGUGAUGCUGAUAGGUCUCUUGUUCGAAAACUUGAAGAGAACACCAAGAAGCUUGAAUUGAUGGAAAGGGAGUUCGAGAUUGUCUCUUUGAAGUCAAAGAUUGAGGAGAUGUCCUUGGAGAGGAAGAAAUUAUGUUAUUCUGAUGAGUCUCUUUUCAAAACACUUGAAGAACGCAUCAAGAAUCUUGAAAUGAUGGAAUCGGGAUUCAAGAUUAACUGUUUGGAGAACAAGCUUGACGAGAUCUCCAUGGAGAGAGAGAAAUCAUAUGAUGCUGAUGGAUCUCGUGUUCAAAAGCUUGAAGAACGCAUUAAGAAUCUUGAACUGAUGGAAUCGGGAUUCAAGAUUGACUGUUUGAAGUCAAAGCUUGAGGAAAUCUCCUUGGAGAAGAAGAAAUCAUAUGAUGCUGAUGAGUCUCUUGUCAAAAAAAUUGAAGAAUUUAUCAUGAAUCUUGAACUGAUUGAAUCGGGCUUAAAGUCAAAGCUUGAGGAGGUUUAUUUGGAGAGGAAGAGAUCAGAUGAUGAUGAUGGUUCUCGUGUCCAACAACACGAAGACCGCAUCAAGAAUCUUGAGCUUGUGGUGUCAGAUCUCAAAGUUGAGCUUGACAAGGAGAAGACCAAAUCGUUUGUUGAUGGAUUUUUGCUGGUCGAUGAUGUUGCUUAA